CGGAAGCGCUGAACCAAUUGGAGGCAGGCAGAAAGAAUACCAAUCUUAAAUAAUAAAGCAAGACAAAAUCUGCAAUCGGGACAUCAGGUCUGUGUGCAAUUCAUGGAAUUUAUUUGUAAAUGUGCAUUUCUGGAAGUUGAUAAACCCCAAAUGUAUGCAUUAUGCAGAUAAUAUAAUUUUAUGCCCCUCGAUUCGUUAAAAAGUUGGAAUGUAAAAAAUACCAAAGUGAACGCAUUUUGGAAAAGAUUGGCAUAACGUCUUUUAGAAUAUCUUUCUGUCAGCGUGCGGUUGUUACAUUGUGACCUUUACGCAUUGAUGAUGUUUUAUAAAAGCAUUUAAGCGCAAAGCUCGAGCAUCUUACCUAUUUGCGUGCUAUUUGCAGGGCAUGGUCUGUUUAGGAAGUGUCCCGUUUUUUAAGAGGUGGGGAGGCCGGGCUAUUCAAAUCUGCAAUUCGUCGUAAACAUUGAUUCAUGUUUUUGACAUAAACACACAUUUGUGUUAAGCGGCCUCCUUUUAGGAGAAAAUGAGAUCCUCUAAUUUUGGGGUCUGCAGAAUAUGGCGUCCCGCCUUAUAAAAAUAAGUCAGGCUGCCAUUUUUGUUUCUCUUUUGUCUGAAAAUGUUUUAAUAAAUGUGUCUGAGAAUGUUUCUGUGUGGCAUCGUAUCGGAUUGUCGCAUCGCCAAAUGUGACUGAAUUUCAGAGCUGUCGAGGGGCACACGUGCUAUCAAAAGUCUAGACUACCAAAGGAAACAUGAAAUGCUGCCUAAAUGAAUUAUAACUGGAAGGGGACGUAACUAAUAUUUUACAGGAAAUAUAUUUUGUAAAGAAUAAAACGUUGACAUUGAGCCUAUUCUGAUUUCCGUAGACCAACAAUGUGUGCUAAACUGUCUAGGCAUAAAACCUCUGGCAUAAACCUUUGGGAAUGGGAUAAAGAAUAUUGAAGGAUGGCUGAGCCUCGGUUCAACAACCCCUACUUCUGGCCUCCGCCUCCCUCCAUGCCUGGCCAGCUGGAUAACCUGGUGCUCAUCAACAAGAUCAAGGAGCAGCUGAUGGCUGAGAAAAUCCGACCCCUGCACCUGCCACCCAACUCAGCCCCCUCCCAGCAAACCCUGCUGGUGGCUUCCUCCCCCUCGGACGGGGGGCAGCAGCAGCAUGGCAUGCCCAUGCCCAAGCACCAGCAGGGGCAGCACCACCCUCAGGGCUUGGUCCAGCAGCCCGACAUCGCCCUGCAUGCCCGCCCAGCCUCCAGCUCUGUGCCAGUUAGAUCAGUUAACUUUAUUACCUUCAAUGUCGAUGAUGCAGACGUGAAUAUGGAUGACAAGUCAGCAGUGAAGGCCAAAGGACUGUGGGAUGAGUGGCACAUGCGACAGAUCGUAGAGCAGCCCUCUAGAGUUAACCAUCGGUCAGUCUUCAUGUGCCCAUACACAGGUCUGGCCCGGCCGGACGGCCACAGCACUUCCGAGGCCCUCACGCCCACCACACCCACCUCCAGCAGCCAGAACCGACUGGGAGGGGCCCCAUCGGUCAACAUCAUCUCCGGGCUGGCCAGUGGGCCUGGCAUGGAGCAGAUGAAGAACGGGGGCCUGGCCGGACUCCUCGGCCCUCCACCCAAGACACCCCGCGGGAGGAAGAAGAUCAAAGCGGAGAGCGGAGGGCCUCUUCUGGUGGUGCCCUACCCCAUCAUGGCCUCUGGCGCAGACCAGGGCUGCAUCACCUUCCCUGCCAAAGAGGGCAAAACGUACAGAUGCAAAGUGUGUCCGCUUACCUUCUUGUCCAAGUCGGAGAUGCAGAUCCACUCCAAGUCCCACACGGAGGCCAAACCCCACAAGUGUCCCCACUGCUCCAAGUCCUUUGCCAACGCGUCCUACUUGGCCCAGCACCUCCGCAUUCACCUGGGCAUCAAGCCUUACCACUGCUCUUACUGCGAGAAUUCCUUCCGUCAGCUCUCGCACCUGCAGCAGCACACCAGAAUCCACACUGGUGACAGACCCUAUAAAUGCGCGGCCCCUGGAUGUGAAAAGGCCUUUACCCAGCUCUCUAACCUACAGUCUCACCAGAGGCAGCACAACAAGGACAAGCCGUACAAAUGUCCCAACUGCUACCGUGCCUACUCAGAUUCAGCAUCGUUACAGAUCCACCUGUCUACGCAUGCCAUCAAAAACGCUAAGGCCUACUGCUGCAGUAUGUGUGGCCGGGCAUACACCUCAGAAACCUACCUUAUGAAGCACAUGUCCAAACAUACAGUGGUUGAGCACCUAGUGAGCCACCAGUCCCCCCAGAGGACAGAGUCCCCCAGUAUCCCAAUACGCAUCUCCCUCAUCUGAGCUCUCCACCCACACAGCAGUACUGUAUGUUGUUGUAUUCAUUUUCUAUGUAAGGCUGUAGUUUAGGGACCCUGCAUAUAAGGUCAUCGACACAAGGCCUACAUACAGUGCCUUUGGAAAGUAUUCAGACGCCUUGACUUUUUCCACAUUUUGUUACGUUACAGCCUUAUUCUAAAAUUGAUUUUUAAUAGAAAUCCUCAGCAAUCUACACACAAUACCGCAUAAUGACAAAUUGAAUGCAGGUUUUUUGAAUUUGUAGCAAAUUUAAAUAAAAUAAAAAACAGAAAUAGCUUAUUUACAUAAGUAUUCAAACCUUUUACUAUUUUAUUUAUUUUAUUUAACCUUUAUUUAACCAGGAAGGGCUCAUUGAGAUUAAAAUCUCUUUUUCAAGAGCGCCCUGGUCAAGAUAGGCAGCACCAAGUCAUUACAAAAAAAUUACAGACAGACAACAUGAAAAACUACAAGAAAUCUAGUAAAAACCAUUGAAUUUACAAGAGUAUAAAACAGCAAAUUAAAAACAUUGACAGGUCAGGGAAUCAGCCUCAAAAUCCUUCAUCAGUGAUUUAAAAACACCAAUUGGGACAAGUUCUUCCAGUUUAAAAGUAUUUUGUAAGGUGUUCCAAGACGAUGGCGCAGAGUAUAUAAAAGCCCUUUUACCAAAUUCAGUUCGGACAUUUGGAACAGUUAGCAGGAUAACGUCCAGCGAAUGAAGAAAGUACCCACCACAUUUAUGAACAAUAAAAAUAUCCAAAUAAAAAGGUAGUAAACCCAAAAUGGCUUUGUAAAUAAAAGUAUACCAGUGACUAAGCCUACGAGUGACUAGAGAAGGCCAGCCAACCCUGGUAUACAAAGUGCAGUGAUGCGUAAGGGUUUUGCCGUUUAAAAUAAAUCUCAAAGUGCCAUGGUAAAGAGUGUCAAUUUAUCUCAAACACUGAGCAGAAGCAUUCAUAUAUAAAAUAUCUGUGAUAAAAUGCUGGGUUCGUUGUCUGAGUCAGGCGCAAGACACAGGUUUGAGAAAACACAAAAGUCUUUACUCAAAAUAUUAAAAACCGGAAUAUCUCCAACAAGGAAACAUAAAGUCUAGAGAAAACCCUCCAACAAACACGGUAACACAAAACAAUCACGGACAAAACAGAAAGGUAGACGAGAGGGUAAAUAAGGAACAUAAUAAGGGAGUAGAAAUCAGGUGUGCGUAAUCAAGACAAAACAAAAGGAAAAAGGAAACAUGGAUCGGUGAUGACUAGAAAGCCGGUGACGUCGACCGCCGAAUGCCACUCGAACAAGGAGAGGAGCCGACCUCAGCCGAGGUCUUGACAAUAUCCCCAUAGUCUAGUAAAGGGAUAAAUGUAGCUGAUACUAGCCUCCUUCUGGCUUCAAAAGAAAAACAGGCCUUAUUCCUAAAAUAAAAUCCCAAUUUCAGCUUCAAUUUUUUUGUAAGUUGUUGAAUAUAUAUUACCUAAAGUAAUUUAUGGUAGAAUGGCCAGACGGAAGCCACUCCUCAGUAAAAGGGCAGCGGCAGGGACUGGGAGAUUUUUCAGCGGCAGGGACUGGGAGAUUACUCAGAAUCUAGGCAAAGAUGAACAGAGCAAAGUAUAGAGAAAUCCCGGAUGAAAACCUGCACCAGAGCGCUCAGGACCUCAGACUUGGGCGAAGGUUCACCUUCCAACAGGAGAAUGACCCUAAGCACACAGCCAAGACAACGCAGGACAAGUCUCAAUGUCCUUGAGUGGCCCAUCCAAAGCCCGGACUUGAACCCGAUCGAACAUCUCUUGACCUGAUAAUAUCUGUGCAGAAACGCUCCCCAUCCAACCUGACAGAGCUUGAGAGGAUCUGUAAAGAAGAACGGGAGAAACUCCCCAAAUACAGGUGUGCCAAGCUUGUAGCGUCAUACCCAAGAAGACUUGAUGCUGUAAUCGCUGCCAAAGGUGCUUCAACAAAGUACUGAGUAAAGGGUCUGAAUACUUAUGUAAAUGUGAUAUUUCUGUUUUUUUGCAAAAAUGUCUAAAAAACAGUUUUUGCUUUGUCUCUAUGGGGUAUUGUGUGUAGAUUGGUGAGGGGAAAAAACGAUUUAAUCAAUUUUAGAAUAAGGCUGUAGCGUAACAAAAUGUGGAAAAAGUCAAGGGGUCUGAAUACUUUCCGAAAACACUGUAUGCAUUCACAUGACACCUGACAUUAAUUUCCAAACCCCUUGUUCUAUUUUGACACAGAUUGGGUCGGUUAAAUGAAAACAAACACAUUCUUUGCAAAGGUUUAUGUCAAUGGAAACAAAUGUUGGAUAAUGUCUCGCGUCGAAUAAAACUGAGCACUUACAAAGGCGUUUUGCAAACAGUGAUAUAUAGUACCAGUCAAAAGUUUGGACACACCUACUUAGCAUUUUUUUCAUUUGACUAUUUUCUACAUUGUAGAAUAAUAGUGAAGACAUCAAAACUAUGAAAUAACACAUAUGGAAUCAUGUAGUAACAAAAAACGUUUUAAACAAAUCAACUAAUAUUUUAGAUUCUUCUAAGUAGCCACCCUUUGCCUUGAUGACAGCUUUGAACACUCCUGGCACUCUCUCAACCAGCUUCAUGAGGAAUGCUUUUCCACCAGUCUUGAAGGAGUUCCCACAUAUGCUGAGCACUUGUUGGCUGAUUUUCCUUCACUCUGCGGUCCAACUCAUCCCAAACCAUCUCAGUUGGUUUGAGGUCAGGUGAUUGUGGAGGCCAGGUUAUCUGAUGCAGCACUCCAUCAAUCUCCUUCUUGGUCAAAUAGCCCUUACACAGCCUGGAGGUGUGUUUGGGGUAAUUUUCCUGUUGAAAAACAAAAAAACAAAACAAUUAGUCCCAGUAAGCACAAACCAGAUGGGAUGGCGUAUCACUGCAGAAUGCUGUGGUAGCCAUGCUGGUUAAAUGUGCCUUGUAUUCUAAAUAAAUCACAGACUGUGUCACCAGCAAAGCACCAUCACACCACCUCCUCCAUGCUUCAUGGUGGGAACCACACAUGCGGAGAUCAUCCGUUCACCUACUCUGCGUUUCACAAAUAUAUGGCGGUUGAAACCAAAAAUCUCAAAUUUGGACUCAUCAGACCAAAGGACAGAUUUCCACCGGUUUAAUGUCCAUUGCUCGUGUUUCUUGGUCCAAGUAGGUCUCUUCUUCUUAUUGGUGUCCUUUCGUAGGGGUUUCUUUGCAGCAAUUCGACCAUGAAGGCCCAAUUCAUGCAGUCGUCUCUGAACAGUUGAUGUUGAGAUGUGUCUGUUACUUGAACUCUGUGAAGCAUUUAUUUGGGCUGCAAUCUGAGGUGCUGCUACUCUAAUAAAUUAUCCUCUGCAGCAGAGGUAACUCUAGGUCUUCCUUUCCUGUGGCGGUCCUCAUGAUAGACAGUUUUAUAAUUUUUGGUUACAUGAUUCCAUGUGUUAUUUCAUAGUUUUGAUGUCUUCACUAGUAUUCUACAAUGUAGAAAAUAGUAAAAAUAAAGAAAAACCCUUGAAUGAGUAGUUGUGUCCAAACAUUUGACUGGUACUGUAUAUAUUCCAUUAAAUGGAUUUCCAAAAUGUGCCAGACAAUAUUUGCCCUUAUACGGAAAAUAAAUAGAUUUGAAAAAAUCUGGGUGUGUUCUGGUGACAUCCAAAGAGCAUAUUAAAGGGUCAAUAUGCAGUUGUUACAUAGAAUACCUUUAUAUGUCCAGGAAUGUAUGUCCCCAUUGACUCUUGAAGAAUAUAACUUAGAAAUGCUUCAUAAGUUUAGGUCAACUUUCCUACCGCAUCAGAACCCAAAAUAUAAGCUUAUUUUACACCAAUGUUUGUAAACAAACACUGUAUACCCUUAAAACAAUGGUUAAAACUAUCCUUUUGAUAUCAUGGGUGGUCAGUCGUUGCAUCUAUAGCCCGGUCUAUGUAUUUGAGAGUGGUUACAUUUCUCCAACCCCAUCCCUCAACUUUUUACCAAAACAGUGGCGGGGAAAACAUUUAGUUAUUGUUUCAACUGUGGAUUGUCCCUUUAAAGCACUUUCAGGCUUUGUGGUUUUGACUCCAAAUGUUUCCAUCUUUUCCAAUGGAAAUGCAAAAGCAUUGCUUGAGGCAGCUAAGAGUAUUGACUGUGUCUAAUCGAAAGUCUUUUUUUUUAUAUUAUUUUUGUUCAAUGCAAGUAUACAGGGUCAAACUAUAAAAGUGGCAUUUAAGCAGAAACCAAUUGGAACAAUGUGGACCAUUCGUUUGUCAGGUUGUUUCUCUCAAGAGGAAUGAUGAAACAAACUAAAGUGCACCAAAAUGUAAAAAAGGAAGGAAUGUUUGUUUUGUCCAGAUCAUUUCAAUCAUUGUUUAUGGUUCAUCGAAUCAAGAUCAUAUGGGUUAUAUGACCAGACACUAAUUCAAUCAACUGAACUGUUCAAAUCAACAGAACAUCUCACCCACUGGUUUUCCUUGCGGCCAGGUAGCACAGAUGGUAGCUUUGCACCUAUGUGAGCCAAGUCAAGAUUCAUUAGGAAAGCAAGCUAACAUUAGCUAGUGUGCCAGCUUUACGGUAUUGCUUGGCAUGGCCCUGAUAGGCAUACUCAAAACUAUCGCGAUGAGUAUUACAACUGUCAUUUACAGUCAUGCCAGCAUUUGUCAAGUAACUUCCAAUGGUUCUCCUAAUACAAGCACCUGUUAGCUAGGGUGCUAAUAACAGAGAGUAAUGCUUUUGUCACUAUAGUUCUAUAAUAAGUCACAACAGCUGAUGGCUCUCAUGAUUGUGACCGAGUCAGGCAGGCCUUGACAGGGGAGCAUCAAGUGUUGCCACGUUGGUAAUGUUGUUAGGUCUAUGUUACUUGAGUAGAACAUUUCUACUCCAAAUAUAGAGAAAUAUAUAGCGAGCAUACAUUUAUUGGAGGUUAAGUAUUUUGGUAUUUAUGUUUGACUUCUAGUUUGUUAUACUCUCACUUGUGUCACAUUCAAAAUCUUAUCAAGUCAACUUAUAGCUAUUGCCCAUCAAUAGAAUGUCAGUCAAUAAAACAGUUUAAACAUGACAAUAGUAUUUGAAAGUGGACCAAAAAGUGAACCAAUAUUAACCCCUAAGCCCACUACAUUCAGGAUAGAUUCAUCUUGAUUUUUCAACAGGUUUACAUUUAAUUACUGUAAAGUAUAGUCAGUAUGAAUUUGUUCAAAGGUUCAUACCAUAUAUAACUUCAUAUGAACUGGCAGUGUUACUGCAAGUGUUUCUUUCAUCAUGGUAUACACAGUAUUGUUUGUUGUAUUUUUACUGUAAUUUUACCUUCUGGUUGCUCAGGAUGGUACUAGUAGCUUGUAUUCUUCCAAGUUGCUUAAGAAAAGGUGCUAAGGCUAGAUGUUUAUUUGAGAUGGAGCUGAGAAUAUUGUUAAAUACAUUUAUAGUAUGUAAAAAAAAAAAAAACUAUAAUUCAAGCCACUGGCCUGGAAACAAA